UCAAGAAUAUGUAUAUAUGGAGGAACAUGGCUAAUUAAUAUUCUGCAUGCAGCACGUAAGCUAUGGAUUGUCAUUGCUAUUCCCACUGCUCUACUUGUAGCGUUGAGUUGCAUCUUGUAUCAACUAAAAAGAAGAAAAUUUUCACUUUCAGAUGAUAACGGGAGAAAGAUUCAGAAUGAAUCAGAAUCGCUUUACUUCAUGAGAUCUAACAGACGUGGUGAUCAUGGUGGUGGGUUUCGAAAUUAUGGAAAGAUGGGGAAUUCUGAAUUAAGUGUAUUUUGCUACGCAUCUGUCUUGGCUGCCACUUGCAACUUCUCUGAAGAAAACAAGCUCGGGCAAGGGGGCUUUGCGCCUGUUUAUAAGGGAAAAUUGGUGACGGGAAGAGAGAUGGCAGUAAAGAGGCUUUCAAAAUGUUCAGGACAAGGAACAUUGGAGUUUAAAAAUGAAUUAAUGCUCAUAUCUGAACUCCAACAUACGAACCUUGUUCAGCUCUUGGGAUUUUGCAUUCAUGGUGAAGAGAGGAUGCUGAUAUAUGAGUACAUGCCAAACAAAAGUUUGGACAACUUUUUAUUUGAUUCUACCAGAGCUCUACUAGAUUGGAAGAAGCGUUUCAGUAUAAUUGAAGGAAUUGCUCAAGGAUUGCUUUACUUGCACGAAUACUCGAGAUUGAGAGUAAUUCAUAGAGAUUUGAAAACUAGUAACAUACUGCUCGAUGAAAAUAUUAACCCCAAAAUAUCAGAUUUUGGUAUAGCCAGGAUAUUCACCGAUAAUGAAUUGGAAGCAAAUACUGGUAGGAUUGUUGGGACGCGGUAAGGAUGCAAUGCUUGCAUUCAUUUUAUCACAUGUUUGCUUUUGGAUACAUGUAAUGCAAUUUUAUAGAUGUGUACAAUAUAUAUACACCUUUCCUUCUUCACUUGGUGCAGUGAUUACAUGUCUCCAGAAUAGGCCACGAAGGGAAUAUUUUCAAUAAAAUCUGAUGUCUUCAGUUUUGGGGUGUUAAUGCUCGAAAUCACAGGUGGCAG